UCUAAUCCCCUCCCCCAUCUUUUCCAGGCCACUCGUCCUCGGAUAUACCUUCUCCAACCUUUUGUUCUAAACCCAACCCAAAAUCCCAUCACCGAGUCUCCGAGUUUCGAACAAAUAUGGGCAGAAAAUUUUUCGUUGGCGGCAACUGGAAAUGCAAUGGGACAACCGAUGAAGUUAAGAAGAUUGUCACUACCUUGAAUGAGGCUGAAGUACCCUCCGAGGAUGUUGUGGAGGUUGUUGUGAGCCCUCCAUUUGUGUUCCUUACCUUGGUAAAAGGUUUGUUGCGAUCUGAUUUUAAUAUUGCUGCGCAAAAUUGCUGGGUGAGGAAAGGCGGUGCUUUCACCGGUGAAGUCAGUGCAGAAAUGCUUGUUAAUCUUGGCAUUCCUUAUGUCAUAUUGGGUCACUCUGAGCGGCGGCAAUUGUUACGUGAAGCUAAUGAUUUUGUUGGAGAUAAAGUUGCAUAUGCACUUUCGCAAGGUCUGAAGGUGAUUGCUUGUGUUGGUGAGACUCUUGAGCAGCGAGAAUCAGGAUCAACUAUGGAUGUUGUUGCUGCACAAACAAAAGCAAUUGCAGAUAGGAUAUCAGAUUGGACCAAUGUCGUAGUGGCCUAUGAGCCAGUUUGGGCCAUUGGCACUGGCAAGGUUGCAACUCCAGCUCAGGCUCAGGAAGUGCACUGUGGCUUGAGGAAGUGGCUUCAUGCAAAUGUGAGUGCUGAAGUUGCUGCAUCGACUAGGAUCAUAUAUGGAGGUUCUGUAAGUGGAGCAAACUGCAAAGAAUUGGCUGCGCAGCCGGAUGUUGAUGGAUUUCUUGUGGGUGGAGCUUCUUUGAAGCCUGAAUUUGUGGACAUCAUCAAAUCUGCUACAGUCAAGUCAUCCGCAUAGAAGAAGUUGUACUCUUUCUAAUCAGGGUAAACUUUGUCAUAUUGCUUUAAGAACAUAUGAGUUCCGAAUGUCAUCUUGACUUUUGUAGUAUCCUACCUGAAACAUGAUGUGAGACAGUUUCACAAGGCUGGAAGUAUGAAUAAAAUCUGUUGUAAUUUACAAAUAUAAGUUUAAAUAUACCGCACUGACAGGGAAAGAGGUUCUCUGGAUUUGCUUUUU